AACUACGAAUGCAAUGGACCAGAUGCUAAACGAAUUUUGCUGGCUGUCUAUUUUGCAGCACCUCGAGUUAAGGGAUCACCUGGCACUGGCUCAGGUCUCAGAAACAUUACACUCGAUUGUUAAAUAUCAUUGGCGAAGCUUAAGUCGCGUUAAGAUACUCGAUGAUACGGUGCAGCGUUUGACGAACCAUCCUCGAGGAAUGCACGAGUUUCUGGAGUGUGCUAGUGCCUCGCUUCAGGAAUUGGAACUAAAAAAUUGCUCCUUCCGGCUUCUAAGAAAAUGGGAGUUCUAUAGUUUCCCCAAACUGCACACUCUUGAUUAUCAAACGAUGUACAACGAGGAUUGUGCCGACGAGGAGACGCUACUACUCACGCAACUGUUCCCAAACCUGAGAAAGCUGACUUUGAGCAACAGUACCAGUGGUCUCCAUUUAUGGUGCUGGAGCAAGCUGCAGGAACUGCAUUUGAUUCGUUGUGACUUUUUGAAUUCCGAUUUGUUUGAGGAAAUUUUCAGCAAGCUGCCGUUGCGCAAACUCACUCUCCUUUACUACGGGGAUGACGUGUGCCUGGACGAAGGCAUUUUUGCCGCUUCCCUUUGCAAAACACUGGAGGAGCUUGUAGUUGAUGAUCACCAUUUAGUUGAGGACUGCCUUCGCAAUUUGCUGAGACUGCCCAAAAUUCGUCGCCUGACCUUUUACACGCGAGAUUACUGCGAAUAUUUGCUAAAGAAAAUUUCAAAACAGCAACCCCUUAAAGUGAACGCGCUUCUUUUCAACGAUAGCUUCUGGAAAAAUGGUCAAGUUGCCGAGAACGUGCUGCGCAUGCUGAACCUCCGCCGAUUCGCUCUGUAUGACGAUGACAUAGGGGGAAAUCAGUUACACAGCAUUUGCGAAAAGAUGCCCAAUUUACAAGAGUUGUAUUUAAUGAAAAUGCGUCAAUUGCCGAGCACCAAAAAACUGUGGGACGCAAUAGCCGCAUCUGACGCAUUGAAGGUCUUGGACUUAUCCAAUACCAAAUUGGAUGAGGAGUUCUUGGAGUCGAGCGUUGCGUGCUUGGAACCAACUCUCAGCAAACGAUCAGCGCCUCUGCAACUGAAUUGUCAUAACUGCGAUAUCAGCCAAGAACGGAUCUUGACUAUGCUCAAGCAUCCAAAGUUGCAAGUUACAUUCGAUCCAGUGAAGACAAAUAUUUGGAGCGCACGAUUUGUUGAUAUUGAAUUUACGUCCACUGUUGCCGACCUCAAGGGCAGCCCAAAUCCUUAGCAGGAACAGUGCCUACGAAAGGCAAAUGUUGACAAAACAAUUGGUCCAAUUUAUUGUGUCGUUUUAUUUAAGUCUUCGGAUAUCCAAAAUAUUUUCAAAACUAUUUUAGCAAGUAGUUAAUCUACUAUGAUAGAUCAUUUGCUUGACAGGGUCUAAACCGCUGCUUUUUUGUUUAUUUCAAAAUUAUAUAAAUCUUUAAGGCAGGUCUCCUUUCUAAAAACAAAAAACAGAACCUGUGUACUUCAGAGGUUCCUUAAACGUAAUUUAAGCCUUCACGGACGACCUAACAAGAAUUCCAUUUUUGUGUACCCAAUUUAAUAAAAGAAAUUAAGUUGCAAAUGUUAGAGUGGAGCGGGAUCAACUUUUAAAUAUUCGGUAAUGCAUUUUGAAAUGUUAUGAAUUAAAUGUAAAUAAAAUAAAACUAGAAAGGAAUGUCCAGCAACUCUCAACACUUGCAAUAAACUGAUUACCCUUUGGUUUAAA